AUGACGCGCCUUUUCAACUGUUUCUACGCACUGUCUGCUGUCUCAGUCUGCAUGAUUCUCGCCACAGCAUGGUUUUUGACGUCAAGGAGUUUCUCUGAUAUCGUCCCUUUGGCAUCAGACCCAUUCCAAGUAGUCAGCACAUUCGACCAGAGAUUAGUCGUAUUCGGGGACUCAUGGAGCGACAACCAAUCCAACUCGUCACAAGACAAGAUAUGGACGGACUGGCUUUGUUCAAUGUUAUCCUGCCACCAAGAGAACCUAGCACAGACAGCAAAUCCACAAAACGACAAGACCAUAGGCGCAGUGGUCGACAAUAAAGAACUCAAUCUACUAGACCGACUAUCUCAGACCCACCCAGCAGACUUCAAGUCCCAGCUCCAGCAAUGGCUAGACGCCGAGACAGCCGCGACGAAGGACCUUUCCGCCGAAGCGACCCGGUCCCGACAGGACCGCACGAUCUUCGUCGUUUCGUUCGGCGUCUGGGACCUCUGGAGCUUGGUUGGCAAGGACUACGACGCAGCGAGCAAAUCGGUUGAGCGACGCAUUGCAACGCUUAUGGGUCAGCUUGAUACGCUGUCCGAGCGAUUGGGUACAACGGGGCUGAGGGUCAUCCUGAUGCAGACGGUCGACGUGACUUUCCUGCCUGGGUUCAAGGCCGGUGGUCUGGAUAAGGAUACGGUGCGGAUCUUGGAAGAGUGGAAUGGGAAACUCGGUGAGGUGGCUAGGGAGUGGAGUGGUACUGUGUAUCUUUUUGAUAGUAAUGCUUUUAUGAUGGACCGCAUCCGUGACUGGCAGCUCUAUGCGGCGGGUAUUGAGGAGGAGAAUGGUUUAGGCAGGAACUUGGAUGGAUGGGAGAAUGUCGUGGAGCCUUGUGUUGAGAGUGGGUUCCGGGUCAUGAUGUCAAAGAAGGAACAGUGUGAGCAUCCAGAUAAGUAUCUGUUCUGGUAA